AUGGCGGCCUGCAUCACCGGCUACAACAACACCAUGGACGUCGCAGGCUUCGGCUUCAAUACCCAAUCCGCCAUGUUCUACCAAUCCCUCCACGCUCAACACGAUGUCCACAACGGCGUGAUAUGCGAUAGUUGCGGAGCAAAUCCACUGCGAGGAAUCAGAUGGCGAUGUCAAACUUGUCCAGACCACGACAUUUGCGGCGAGUGCAAGAAUAGGGGCGCUGGAGUUGGACAUCGCUUUGACAUGAUGUCUGUGGGCCAGACAAAUGAUGUUAUGAAUGGUGUGGGCCAGCGGUUUCAGGCUUCGCAGGAGGCAGGUGUGCACUGGACGAGUUGUAAAGGCUGUCAGAUGUAUCCUAUACGGGGGACGUUGUACGCCUGCACGAUCUGUCCGGGGUUCGAUAUGUGCGAAAACUGCAACCGCACCCGCCUCGCCACGCAAACCCACCAACAUCGUUUCGACUUCUUCUACUGUGCUCGAGCCUGCAACCCUCCACCAUCGUCGCAAGGCCAAUACACACCAAGCACCUACGCCAACACUCACUACCAAGGCGGGAGCGCAGAGCAGCAACUCGCUCAGAACCAAGCCGCCUACGAGGCCGAGCAGAAGGAAAUACUGCAUCAGGGCCUUGUCAGUCAAGAACAGCAGCAGGGGCACUAUGACAAUAGUCUUGCCGCUCAGCAGUAUGGUGCCAUGUAUGGUGAUCGGAAGAGGGAUCGGGUGGCUGCUUUGAUGGGGUUGCGGUAG